AUGUCCGAUCUCGACCCCCAAGCACCAUCUCAGCCAAACCAGCAGACGGGACUUAAUCAAGCCCAGAACGCAGCACAGAAAACACAAGAAGAGAAGGAUGUUUCGAAAGACACAUCGAGUCUAAAUUCCAAACCAAUUGAUCACCGCGAGCAGCACGAUGUACCUUCCCACCAUGGCGACGAUGCCAUGCCGUCGUCCCUCGGUCGUGGUGACACAGGUUCCCUGAAGGAGAAGAAGCUCACAGAAUCUGACAAGGAGAGAGACGGUGUAGAUCCAAACCUCGAGGGCGAGCAGAUGAGAAUGCCUGGAGAGGGUGACGUCGCCGAUGCUGUAAAGACCGGUGGUGGAGGUGGACACGCCGAAGAGCCCAGCUUGACUGACAACCUGGACGCCAAAGCUGAUGAGCACGAGAAGGAGUUACAUGCCAGAGGCCAGAGAACCGGCGCUGAGAUCGAGGAAGAGGAGAAGGAAGAUUGGACUGGCAAGAAAGCUGAUAUCGGAGAGGCUCUCGCAGGGAGGGGUAACAAGGUCGUUCUAGCACCAGAAGAGUAA